UAUAAACAUUAUUAAAAAUAAUUUCUUGAACGCAUAUGUGAUAUAAUUUAAAUAGAUCAAUAUGGUGAAGUAAGACUUAAAUUUAAACAACAUACAACGGAACCAAGGUUAGCAUCGUAAGAACUGGGGUCACUUAACUGUGUAGCACCAAAGACAAAUGUCCGGAACGUGGAAGGACACUGAAAGAAGCCGAAAUGAAUAGAUUUGUAUUUCGAGCUGUUCAAUCAGCGAAUGCUUCGCUAUUUAAAUGUGACCGAGGUGUCGUUUUUAGGUUUCCAAAUGGAGGUGGAGUCCAAACUCUCAGCACAAGUUCUGCUUGGUUUUGUGAAAAUAAAGACAACAAUGGCACCUUAAGUAACAAGGUCGGGAAAAGUUCAAACGUCGAGUCUGACUCAACCCAAAGUUCCACCGUAGCUGAACAAAAACCUCAGGAGGAUGGAAUCACCGUAACAACGGCUGAACAGAACAAGGACACAGAGAUCCUGAAGAGCGAUGGAGAGGACACCAGACCUGAUCAGAACCAAGUCCAACGUGACGUGUCGGUGCCGCAAAAAGUACACACAAAAACACCCAAGAGUGGAAAGGAGGGUCUGUUGGAACUUCUUAGUUCCAUUAAGGUGGACAUCACCACCAAGAGGAAACCAAGACAUUCAACAAGGCCAAACAGUGAAAAGCCCAGCACCAAACCCAAGCCAGUCCAUUUGGAGAGCAUUUCCAAGAUGUACCGGAACGCCGUAGUAGACGCCUCAACACAGAGUGAAACUCUGGAUCCAAAAGUAGUUUCCGCUGCGUCUGCUGCUGCUGCCACUCUACCAAACAGCAAUCAGGCCCUGAACGAGCUGCUGAAGCAGUUGAAGGAGAAUGAGCUGGUCACUGAGGGGCAGAAGAGAGGGAACGUCAACAACCUGAGGUACGUGGACACGCAAUGUGCACAUGUACAUAUUAGUGGUGUAAGAAAAUAUCCAUAUACUGUAAUAACACAACAUCUCCUCUGUUCGUCGAGGAAAAUAGGGACAGACCCCAAGCGUCAGAACACGAGGACGGUUGAGCAGAUCCAUCAUGACGAAGGCGUUCCUGGAUACGCACAGACAGGAGUCAGACCUGAACAGGACGCUCCUAAACACAGGGGACUUUUUCGUUCUAAAAGACUGAACCUGUUCCAGUCAGUCCCCGACCACCGCAGCAGCGUCGCAACAGUCGCCCCGCCAACCUUAUGGGACAUAGACUUUGUGCAGGAGUUGGCUACAUGUGUGGACCACAUGCCUCGCAAUGGGCUCCAGGAAAUGAUCGACUGGACGAAGGACGGUCGGAUGUGGCGGUAUCCCAUCGACAAUGAAGCAGGUCUGGAGGAGGAAGCCAACGUCCCCUUCCACGAGCACAUCUUCUUAGACAAACACCUGGAGAAGGGCUUCCCUCGGCAGGGACCAGUGCGACACUUCAUGGAGCUGGUCGUGGUCGGACUUUCCAAAAACCCUUUCCUGACUGUCCAACAGAAGAAGGACCACAUCGACUGGUUCAGAGACUACUUCCAGCAGAAAAAGGACGUCCUGAAGGAGGCGGACGUUUUCCUUCAGUGAUGAGGGGACACAUUUCUUAAAAUAGAUUCACACGUUUGUUCUUGUCCUGUACUCCUUUGAUGGUCUGUCGCCCCCUACUGGACCCAAAUUUCACCAAGCAACACCCUGACUACUGGGACAAGAAAAGAACAGUGUCACUGAGGACAAGUGACGAACACAGCGCAUACACUUUGAAGUAGACCGGAGUAAAACCUGGUACACAGGUGUAUUUAUUUUAGGAUUUUAGGAAAUUCUGUCAAAGUGUUUCAUCAGUUCCUUCAGGUGUCACUAAUGUAAAAAACAGGCAGUGAUGAUGCUGAAAUAAAGGAUGUAAAAAUAAAAUAAACAAUCUCUGAAA